UCACUGAAGCAGAAUCCUCCGAAGAGUUGCUGAGGCAGAACUGAAAUCAUGGCUUGCCUCAAAGAAGCAGCUGUAUCGGCUGCUAAUGACGCCUCAGCACAGAGAGACGAUGCUCCUUUAACUCAGGGGUUUUAAUGGGAAGUUUCGGAGCCUGAGAGACAACAGCUUAAAGCUGGGUGUGCCAUCAGCUGCUCGCAGCUACCUCUCUGUCUCCUGCUUGAACUCAGCCUGGCCGGGAAGAAUGGAAACCAGACAGGCUUUUAACUACCUGUAACUGUUUCACCAGGAGAUGAACCAAGCCUUUGCCCAGCCAGAUCAGCAAACACAAUUGAAUCUGGCAGAGAGAGAGAGAGGACAGAUGCACUACAUGAUGGGGAAAUCCCGCCAGGGCCAGACGCUGCUAUAACUCAGCCCCUCCAGGGAGCAGCCACCAUGAUCUCUGCAAACUGAUGAUGGAAGAAAGGGGAAGCAGAAGAUACUGUGCUCUGGAUUCCCUGGACAAUGGAUGGAGGACAGCCUGUUCCUUCACCUCUGGUACCCCUUGGGAACGGAUCAGAUUAUAGCAUGUCUCUGGAACAGAAAACAACAUUCGUUUUCGUGAUUCUGUUGUUCAUCUUUUUGGGCAUCCUCAUUGUCAGGUGCUUCCGGAUUCUUCUAGACCCAUAUCGGAGCAUGCCAACCUCAACCUGGGCUGAUGGGCUUGAAGGGCUGGAGAAAGGGCAGUUUGACCAUGCCCUUGCUUAGUGGGGACACAGUAGGCUGCCCUCCCAAGGAGGCAAAGUGCUUUAUGUCUGAGCAAAGCUUCCUCUUUGUUAAUGUUCUUAACAAAUCCAAUUUUAACCAUGAAUGGCCCUAGGAUAACAACCCAUUGUUUCAUAAACCUGCUAUUGUGUUAAAGGUGUCUUAUUUGAGGAUAAUGGAAAGUUUCUAUUGCUAGACCCCAAGUAGGAAAGUGCAAACAUUUGUGUCUACUCAAUGAAUGUUGUUGAAGAUAUUGUAAAACCAAGCGCACUAACACUUGCGUAGAUGCCGCUGUCAAAUGAAGCGCUCUCUGCUCAGAACAGAUAGUGAGUAAUUAGAGAAGAUCGGGUAUGAGUCUGAGGACAAGUCAUGUCUCUCAAUUUUACUUUGUGCUUUGUGCACAUUUAUGUCCUGGGCAGGGUGAGGAAGCCUGUGUAGAGACGACGUCAAGGGGCUACUUAGUUCUUGCAAAGCAGGGGGCUCCAGGAAGCAGUGGUAGGCUUAGGAAAAAUAGUUAUUUACCUGGUAACUCUGGAUGGGAAUGCUAUCAUUUUCACUACCAGUCCUAAUCUCUGUAUUCCUAUAGCUAACACAUUUAAAUGCACUGAUGUAUAAUUUGAAUCUACUGUACUUACAUUUCUGAUGGAACUUAUGGGGGGUUACAAGCACAACUUCAAGGUUAUAUUUUUAAAAGAAAGAUGAUCGCUUAUCAAAAAGACUUUGGCUUUAAGAGGAGUAUGCAUUUUAUGU